CGCACACAAGAUGGCGGCGCCCAGCGGAGUAGAGGCCGCGUUUGGGGUUUGCUGAGGCUGACUCCCUUUCCCACUACCCCUUUGGACGCAAAGCGCCGCGAGCCCAGAGGACGGGGGCCGGGCGGGGACAGGGGUACCUGCGUAGCUGGACCGCGAGCCCGCGCCCAGCCUGCGCCGCCCCCCCCCGGCCCCGGCCCGAAACCAUCCGUUCCCGGCCUCCUCUCGGUCCGACCCACUGCCCGGCCGUGGUUCGCCACCACCAGGCCUCCAAAGCUGAGCUCUCUCCUCCAGCCCGGGCUCACCUCCACUUUAGAGAUGUUUGGCCUCUUCCCUCCCAGACAGCCCGCCUUCAAAACCGGGACUCCUGGACUGGCGCCUGGCCCCCUUUCCCUCCACUGAGACUCCACCUCGCUCUAACCCAGUUCUUCCUCAGAUUCUUGGUUCUCCCUGGCUUGGAGACUGCUCACUUCCCUUCCAAAUUAAUCCCUGACGUCCCCAAAUAUUAUCAGCCUUGACACCCCCCCUCAGCCUAGAGCCAGACUUCCUUUUGGAUUAACCUCCACAGCCCUAUCAUGGAGGCUGUGUACAUGGUAGUGAAUGGGGUGGGCCUUGUGCUGGACCUGCUGACCUUGGUGUUGGACCUCAACUUCCUGCUGGUGUCCUCCCUCCUGGCUUCCCUGGCCUGGCUCCUGGCCUUCAUCUACAACCUGCCACACACGGUACUGACUAGUCUUUUGCACUUGGGCCGCGGAGUCCUGCUUUCAUUGCUGGCCUUGAUUGAAGCCUUGGUCCGGUUCACCUUUGGGGGCUUGCAGGCCUUGUGUACCUUGCUGUACAGCUGCUGCUCUGGCCUGGAGAGCUUAAAGCUCCUGGGGCACCUGGCCUCUCACGGGGCACUGAGGGGCCGGGAGAUACUGCACCGGGGUGUCCUCAAUGUGGUCUCCAGUGGCCAUGCUUUGCUGCGCCAGGCCUGUGACAUCUGUGCCAUUGCCAUGAGCCUGGUGGCCUACGUGAUCAACAGCCUGGUCAACAUCUGCCUCAUCGGCACUCAGAACCUUUUCUCCCUGAUGCUGGCCCUGUGGGACGCAGUGACGGGGCCACUGUGGAGGCUGACGGACGUUGUAGCUGCCUUCCUAGCCCACAUUUCCAGCAGUGCCGUGGCCAUGGCCAUCCUUCUCUGGACCCCCUGCCAGCUAGCACUGGAGCUCCUAGCGUCAGCUGCCCGCCUCCUGGCCAGCUUCGUGCUUGUCAACGUCACCGGCCUGGUGCUGCUGGUUUGCGUGCUGGCAGUGAUGGUGACCGUCCUGCACCCGGACCUCACCCUGAGACUGGCCACCCGGGCGCUCAGUCAGCUCUGUGCCUGGCCGUCCUACCACCGGCUCCGAGAGGAUGUCGUGCGGCUGUCUCGCCUAGCCCUGGACUUGGAGGCCUGGCGCCGGGUCUGGAGCCGCAGCCUGCAGCUGGCCACCUGGCCGAACCGGGGAGGGGCUCCUGGGGCCCCUCAGGGCGGCCCUAGGAGGGUGCCUUCAGCCAGGACCUGGCGACAGGACACUCUCCCCGAAGCAGGGCUCAGAUCGGAGGCCGAAGAGGAGGAAGAGGUCAGGACGGCCAGAGGAACACCUGCCCGCGGCCGGGAGAGGCUCAAUGAGGAGGAGUCUGUAGCUGGGCAAGACCCCUGGAAGUUGCUCAAGGAGCAAGAGGAGCGGAAGAAGUGUGUCAUCUGCCAGGACCAGAGCAAGACGGUGCUGCUUCUGCCCUGUCGGCACCUCUGUCUGUGCCAGGCUUGCACCGAAAUCCUCAUGCGCCACCCCAUCCACCACCGCAACUGCCCGCUCUGCCGCCGGGGCAUUCUGCAGACCCUCAACGUCUACCUCUGAAGACUCCUUGCCCGCCUGCCCGCCCUUCCGUGCUCCGUGAGGCCACCUGCGCUAGGACAGCUUUAACACCUGACCUCUCAGUUCCUGGCCUGAAGCCCCUCCCGCCCCCAUGGCCGUCACGCCGAGCCUCCCAGCCGUACGUCGGGACGCUGAGACAGGAUAACUCUGGAAGACUGUGAGCUGGGUGGAGCUGGGUAACAGCUCUUCCUUACCCAGUGCGUCCCUGUGUGAUGGCAGAGGUGGUGAGUGUGUCACUAUGCAAGGCCCUGAGACUGCUGUGGACUCCCCUCCAGCUUGCCAGGGCCCAUCCAGAUGCCAACCUCUGGGGCUCCCCCUCUCCUUCUGGUUUUUCUGUUGGGGACUUGCAGGUCCUCUCCCCGGCCCCUCCCCGUUUCCUCCCCAGCUUCUGCAGCCACCACACAUCACUGUCGUUCGGAUGUUUUGGUAACUCAAGGGCCUUGGAACGAACUUGAACCUUUGCUUUCAGCCAGAGCACCUGUGCGCUGGUAGGCCUUGGGGAUAGUAGCUCUCAGGUGCCCUUCGAGUUACCCCUUCUGCCUGUCUUGAUCUUCUGAGGCUUCCUCCCAACCUGAUCCAACAGCGAGGAUCAAGAGUUUACCCCUUUGCGGGGUGGGUGUCUGCACCUGGCUUCGGGACCAUAUUACCCUCUGGCACCCCAGCUCCACUGGGAGCCUCAGGAGGGAUAACCAGAUUUCUACUCCUACCCCUUUCACUCCCCACAUCACAGAGAACAGUGGCAUUUCCCUUCUGUUUGUCUCUCCCUGGCACUGGGGAGGGCAGACUGUGCACAUUUCACUAGGGUCCAAAUACGGAAGGGGCCAGCCUAGGAGUAGGCAGCUCCCUGAUGGGUCUCUCUGGCCCAGUUUCUGGUGAAUAAAUUUCUGUUGACAGCUCUGACAGCCUCGGUGUGCAUCCUUACAGGGCUGAGCAGUUGGUCAGGG